CUCUGAGGCAGAGCCCAGCACUCUAUACCUAUGUUUGGAAUAGAGGUAGACUCUUAAAAAAAAAAAAGUUUAUUGGUGAUGUUUAAGAAAAGAGCUGGGGUGGAGGGGAGAGCUGGGCCAGGGCUACGUGGGCUGCCCCUCCUCGUCCUCCUGUAGCAUCUGGGCCAUCAGCUGUUGUCGCUCAGCUGCCUGGCGCAUGCGCAUCAUGACGAGGCUCUCGUAGUCCCUCUCUGAUAGCACUGAGCCCUAAGGGACAGAGAGAGGACAGGAGGGUUCAGGGGCAGCAAGGCACAGCCCACAGACUUCAGACUCAGAGGAUAGGGCCUAGGCAGAGCUGCAGCCUAAGAGUCAAGUAAGGAGCAGGGCAGAGGAAGGGAAGGACCCUGGAACAUCCCAGAAUCCCCACUUAUUCACAUUUCUUCAGAGCAAGCAGGCCUUUGGCCUCCCCCCUCAGCCCAUUUCAACCAGUUAUCUCCCUCUAUCUUGCUUUACCCAGGCCCUUCCCACCUACAGUCAGCCCCAGUUCAUCUUUUUCAUGUGAACCACUUACCCAUGCUCUAGCCAGGCCCUUGUCUCCCUUCAUUUCCUCUCAGCCCUUUAUCUGACACUCCUUCCCUCCGCCCCAUGGCUCCUGCCUCUCAGUUUGUCUGAGGUACAGCGAUCCCCUCAGCUCUGCUGGGAACAGACGACAGCACUGCCCCUCCCAGCUGGCUGGCUUCCUUGUGGUCUCGCUCCUGCUGAGGAUGCAGAAGGGAGCCCUACCCUCAACACAGCCUCAAAAAGCCCCACCCUAGAAGGGGAGAGAAGUGGGCGUGCGGCCAGCUUGCCUCCUAAAAAUACACACCAGGGUUCCUGGCUGGCAGCGCCCGUGACGCUUUCUUUUGUGAUCUUGCCAGCACAGUGCAGGGGAUUAAGGGGUGUUAUAUUUUGAUAAUCAAAAGAAUAGCAAACAGCCACCUCAGUGGGCCAAGGCUGUGGGGUGGAGAAGCAGCUCUACAGCAGAGCCCCGAACUGCCAAACUCACACCCUGAUAAGGUCUGUAGGGGGAAUUAAGUCACUUCCUCCCUCACUGCAGCUGAAGCUAUGUGAUGAUCCUAUGGUCCCAACAGCUUCUCAGAGAAGUGUGAAGCCCAUUUGAGUUAGCACAGAAGUGACCCAGGGCAGUGUUGCAAGAUGCAGUGGUCCACAGCAGAGAGAGCUGUUAAGCCCUGUUCCAUAGUACACCGCGCUGGUGCACUCUCGUGAAACCAGCCUGGAGGAAAGCGUGGUGGUCAGUGACCCAGGGAAUAAGAAGGGAGUAGCUGGGGUUAAGAUGCCAGGCCCUGGCCAACUGGUUUGGAGUAAGGGGUGUACAGAAACCAAAAGCGUUACUCAGCCCAGAUUCCCCCUGCUCCUCCCAACAGUUCCACCCCUCCUCUCUCCCUGGCUGCAGAAUCUUCUAAGACAGUUGCCCUCCCAGCCAGGCCCACCCGCUGAGCUUGGCCCAGACAAUUCAUGGCAGCCCCACGUGGCCCAGACCCCUCCACAGAAGAGGGACCCCAAAUGAGGCCCAGCAGCCAGAGGGGAAGGAUAGAGCACAGUGAGGUGGGAGGCAGCAGGACCCUGGCCCUCAACUGCUCUCCUGCCAGGAGGCCAUCUAGGUAAAGCAAGGAAGGACAAGGAAACUGAGUAGCCAGACUGGAUGUCAGGCCAAGGGGAGGGCAAUUCUCCCUGCCCAAGUUAAUUUUGCUCUGCGAAGAAAACUCAGAGUCACCCCGGCAUGCCCUGAGUCCAACCCUGGCAAGAGCCAGGCCCUUUAUAGGCAUGGGGCUACUCCCCGUUAACACCCCCUUUGCCUCCCUCCCCAGAUUCCUGCAGGCUCUGCUAAUGAGGGCCUGUUGCCCAGCACCAGGGCUGAGUCACCCACACCAGCGACAGGUCUCUUCCUUCCCCAACAAUUGUUCCACACGCCUGCCUUUCAAUUAACUCCCACCCUCCCUGAGCUCCUCCCACCCAGAUACACAGGGACUGGCGUGCUGGGCCUGCCUGCUGAGGCCCAGGGUAGUGGAGCUAUGAUGAGAAAGGAAGCAGCACGGUGACACAUAAAGCAGUGCUGUCCCCAGACAAGUCCCCAGAGGAAUCUUAAGCUCCCCAUUGCCCUGGGGUGUUGGUCACAGCUGCCCCAAUCCCUGCAUGCAGAUGCUGCAAUUACCUAAGAGCGUGAAACACAGCUUCCCACCUGACUGAGUCAGCUGAAAUCAAAACACAUCUCCACCACCACACACGGCCACACACUGGCAGGCACUAAUCAGAGGCCAGGAGCUGCCGGCAAGACGGCCCAGCCCUUACUGCCCCAAAGACGGGCACAGGGGCCAGGAAGCACCAGAGACGGUCCACCUGCCUCCUGCCUGUGGAAGGAGCCCUCAGCCGCUCUAACCCAGCCAGAAAAGACCUGUCUCUGCUGACACUGGGGCUAUCCUCUCUCCAACUCGAGUAAGUGCUGCUUCUUCCUCUUGGGGUUUUUUCCACUGCCCUAUCAAGUAACCAGGCUGCUGCUAUCCUCGUGGGAAACUCCUGCCACGAAGGACUCCAGCUCUCUGCUCUCCUGGACAAAAAAGCACCCUCUUGCCGGGCCUUGUCUCACCAUCCAGGAUGACAGCCAAAGGUCUGUGCUGGACCCCCAGGCUGUCUCCCUGAUUCUUGGCACUCACUGCUCCAGCAGGGACCAAAUGCUCAUGAGCUGCUCCUGAAUACCUCUCUGCUGGGCUUCUGAGGCUCGUCUGCGGCUCCCCCGGGCCCCAUGGAGACCUGGCGGAAAGGCUCCUUCCGCAACACUUCCUUCUUCAAGCGGCUGAGCCUGGGGCGGCCGCGGCGGCUCCGGCGACAGGGCAGCGUGCUUAGCCAGGCCAGCACAGCUGGUGGUGACCAUGAGGAGUACAGCAACCGAGAAGUCAUCCGGGAGCUGCGAGGGAGGCCAGACGGCCGGCGCCUGCCACUCUGGGGGGACGAGCAGCCCCGGACCACACUGCUGGCCCCACCCAAGCCCCCGCGCCUCUACCGAGAGAGCUCCAGCUGCCCCAACAUCCUGGAGCCCACACCUGCCUACACUGCUGCCUACUCAGCCACCCUGCCCUCUGCGCUCUCCCUGGGGGGCGCCCUCCCCCAAUAUUCAGAGGGGGACCUUUUGGACACUCCCUCCUUCCAGAGGAUACCUGCUUCUGACCUCAAUGAUCCCUUCUUCUCCUUCAAAGUGGACCUGGGGAUUUCACUUCUUGAGGAAGUUCUACAGAUACUGAGGGAACAAUUUCCCAGUGAGCCCAGCUUCUGAAUGGGGUGAGGGUGGGCAAAGCUGGGGUGACUGGAAGAGCUGGAGCCUGGUGACCCAGGGAAGGAGGGUACAGUCAUGUAUUAAGGAAAAGGGAGGGAUAGGAAUCCAGGGCUCUGCCCACCCUGUGGACUCUGAAAGUCCUCCAAGAUGCCCCAUAGUGGAGGGAGGGAGGCAAGCUGGAAAUGUUGGUUGGGGGGCACUUCCUGGUAAGAGCCCUGAAGGAAGCUGCCUAGGUCGGAAAAGGGAGGCCACACCCUACAACCACAGGAACAGGCAGACACCAGCAGAGUGAGGUGGCACAGGGCGAGUCAGGGAGCAGGAGGACACAGAUGGGUGCCCUGCACCAGGCCCUUCUGAAGCUGCUGCCAACAAAAAGGUCACAGGACAAGUCUGGGCAAAAGUGGUCCAACAGAGGCUGAAGAGGAAAGUGGGGAGAUCUGAAAGGAGAGGGAAGACAGACUUGACCUUGUCCAAUCAGGUGACCACUUGCUACAUGCACCUGUUUAAAUUAAUUGAAAUUAAAUAAAAUUGAAAAUUCA